GACGUCUCCUGCUUUUUAAUAAAGGUCUUGGUGGGUUUUCGAGUUCGUAUGGCCUUAGUUGAAGAAUCAAGGGAGUGUUUGAAAGGAAAGGUAUUGCAUUCAAGAAAAUAAUAAUAGGGUAUCUGCACUGUGAGGCAUACAAGGGAAGUAGAAAGUAAUGAGUUUUCCAUUACCACGCAACUACUACCUCCUGACUCAUGAUGCCUUGCGCUUAUUCGUUGGAAAGGAAGCAGAGCUCUCAGCCUUUGUGAAAAAUCGGAAGCCCUUUCAGUGUGAUAUGCUAAUAAACUCCUCGAUGACGGACCCCCUGCUAGCUGAGACCAAUCCUAAUUACGUGAAAGAGUUUUGCUCGCUAUUGCAAGAAAAAAUGGGUGAAUGCAGUUUAAAUGCGUUUGAGCGUCGCAUUGAGAUCACGUUUCCAGAUAACGAGGUACUACACCUGGCGCUUGGAGCCCCUAGGAAGUGGCUCAAUGGGAUUCAAUCACCUGAGGAAAUUAAUCAAGAGCCGGACUGGCGACUGCGAAACCGCUUGCGGAUUUCCCUUGGCUUUGACGAGGCCCUCUUCACGAGUUGUUGCUCCCUUGGCUUGAACAUCGCAGCUCGCUACAUGGAGAAGUGGGCCUACGAUUUCUACAAGAAUCGCAAGCUUCUGCUUUACUCAAUGAAACCCGAAAUUUUCAGUAAGCUAGAUAGCGACCGGUUCGCUGUGCUUCCUCCCGUAACGUAUUGGCAGGCACACGGCUACGUACUGCAACAAAACUACCCGUGUGGGGCUUACCAGCAGGUGUACGAAACUGUGCGCCAUAACUUUGCUAAGUAUUACAAGGUUUACCCAUUUAGUAAUCCUUACUGUGAAGGCGAAGAUCUGAAUACCAUGAAGGUGGUAAUGGAUCUCUGUAGCUUGUCGAGCCCACAACCUUUAACGACGGAUGAAGUCGGGAUGGAGCUCGACCUGAGCGUGGCGUCGUUACCUGAAAAAAAUAAGCCUAUGCCGCAGUAG